GUAACCCCAAUAAAUGGAUCCAGAAAAAAGAGCGGCACUCCGCAUUUCAGAUUUCAAAGUCAGUGGUCCACCUGGUAUGACCAAAUCAUUCACCAGCAUAUCUCGGUCUAGCACAGUGAGAAUGGUGGUAAAAUGGACCCCGUCCGAAAACAAUGUGGGAGACCAUGUACCUAUCUGUUUUGUGGCAGAAACCUACAACGGGUAUCAGUCUGAAAUGCGUUGUGUCACUGCAGUGGUGGGACCCAGCAGUUUAGAUAACAUUGAGCUGAUCUGCCAUGAGAACACCAUGACUUUAAUUGCUGCCAAGUCAUCUGAUCACGAACUUUACGAAAACCAGUUCCGCCUCAACGAUCCACACUGUCUGGUUAGUUCAAACAGCACCCACCUCAUAGCAAGCGUGGCCUACAACUCCUGUGGGACGGAGAUUGAGGAAACAGAACAUGACAUUGUAUUUAAAAAUCAGGCCACCUCCUUUGCUAACGAAUUCAGCGUCAUUACCAGGAAACACGGGGUGUCAAUCCCCUUCAACUGCUCCUUUCCAAAAAUGAGCCGGGUGUCCUCUUCAUUUCAUGCCCAUAAAUCCGAUUACGUGUUCACAGAGGCCGGAUUCGGUAACUUCACCUACAAGUUCCAGUUCUACACAGACGAUCGCUUUGUAGAGGUCGAGACCCAGUAUCCUCUGGAGGUGACUCUGCAGGAAUUGCUCUACAUGGAAAUUCAAGUUGAUUCUUCAGUCCCCAACGUCCAAUUAUUUGUGGAGUCUUGUAAAGCCACACCGCACGAUAACCCUAGUGACCCCGUAUUUUACGACUUCAUACAAAACGGAUGCAUAAAGGAUGAAACUUUAGUAGUUUACUCUGCAACAAGGACCGAAUACAGGUUUGCAAUGGAGGCUUUUGCAUUUAUCGGAGACUAUAGUGAAGUUUACGUGAGUUGCACGGUCAUCUUGUGUAAGUUUGGAGAGUCAGGUACUCGCUGCAGCCAAGGCUGUAUCACAAAAUCACAGGGAGACUCUAAUAGGCAACGACACAGGAGAUCAUUGACCUCAGAGUCUCAGCAGCACUUCAUCUCCCAGGGUCCGCUCAGAAUGAAAAGACAAUCUCCUGGUAAUACAGAUCAAGCAGAAUCGUCCUCUCUGAAUGUGAACACCCUGGUGAUUUCGCUAUCAGGAGUGGUCAUUGUGGCAUUGCUCGGCUUCAUUGCCCGCAUAUAUACAAAAAGACCCAGACUGUCGGGUUAUGAGUUACUAAAAACUCAAGAUUUCUGA